AGGCCAAAAACAAGUACGCCAGCUAGCAGCCAUUUUAGGACUGUGCAGUGGAGGUAACGGCCGUUGGAUAACUAGCUGUCCGUGUGUUAUAUUUAACAGAUUAUUGACGUAGUGUCGAAUUUGCCGAAAGUGUGCUUAACCCGUGAUACAAUUUUAUUUUUUAAAAGAAAACGUCGUUUACCAAGUAGCUAUGUCUCGGGAUCGGUUCAGAAAUCGUGGAGGAGGAUUUCAGCGUCGGGGUGGCGGUGGCCCAGGAAUGAGAGGAGCAAUGGGUAGCCCACAUUUCAGAAAUCAGAAUCAACCUUUUCAGAACCGUGGACCUCCUCAACCUGGACCAGCUCUAACGAAACAACCUAACGUUAACAAUCAGGCCAAUCAACCAAAUCAAGUCACUCCUCAAAAGCCACCAGGGCCUGUUGUUGGACAACCUGGCGUCCAAGUACAGCAGUCUCCCAUCGCUCCUCAGAACAAAACACCAACGCCGCAGGCCGGCAACGUUAAUGCAAAUGCAGGCCCGCCGAAGAUUCAAUCGCCUCCUCCCGUUAAGAAAGACUUUACUUCUCCACAGAGCCAUGCAAACAACAAAAACCAGCACAAACCAGGAGCUGGUAACGACCAUAAACCAGGCCCUGGUAUGAACAAGCCACAACCUAACGUUAACACCACCCAACCAAAGCCUGACAACGACCAGGGCGACCAGCCUCAUGAAUUGAAAGCCACGUUGUCCUUGCUUCGAAGACCCGGUGAAAAGACAUACACUCAGCGAUGCCGCCUCUUCAUUGGAAACCUGCCUAACGAUAUAACUGAAGCUGAGUUUAAAAAGUUGUUUGCAAAAUAUGGGGAGCCUAGCGAGAUAUUCAUCAACCAAAGCAAAGGGUUUGGCUUCAUCCGACUGGAGUCGCGGGCUUUGGCUGAGAUUGCUAAAGCAGAACUGGAUGAUGUGCCGAUGAAAGGACGGCAGCUUAGGGUGCGGUUUGCUACACACUCUGCUGCCCUGUCUGUGAAAAACCUCUCUCCUUUUGUGUCUAAUGAGCUGCUGGAUGAGGCCUUUUCUCAGUUUGGAUUGGUGGAGAGAGCAGUGGUUAUUGUUGAUGACCGUGGAAGGUCAACUGGCAAAGGCAUUGUUGAGUUUGCCCACAAGCCUGCUGCUAGGAAGGCCAUUGACCGCUGCAAUGACGGCGUGUUCUUGCUGACCACGACACCACGCCCAAUUGUUGUGGAACCACUUGAACAGUAUGAUGAUGAGGAUGGAUUGCCAGAAAAACUUGCACAAAAGAACCCCAAAUAUCAGAAAGAACGCGAGCAGCCUCCCCGCUUCGCCCACCGUGGCACAUUUGAGUUUGAGUACUCCCAACGCUGGAAGUCUCUGGAUGAGAUGGAGAAGCAGCAGCGACAACAGGUUGAGAAGAACAUCCGUGAGGCACGGGAGAAGCUGGAAAGUGAAAUGGAGGAUGCCUUCCAUGAGCACCAGGCGAACAUGCUGCGCCAAGAUCUGCUGAGGCGGCAGGAGGAGCUUCGCCGCAUGGAGGAGAUGCAUAACCAGGAAAUGCAGAAACGCAAAGAGAUGCAGCUCAGACAAGAGGAAGAGCGCCGAAGGCGUGAGGAGGAGAUGUUGCGGCAGCGAGAGAUGGAGGAGCAGAUGAGACGCCAGCGUGAAGAAUCCUACAGGAUGGGAGGCUUCAUGGGUGAUAGAGAGCGGGAGAUGAGGCUGAAGACGGGUGCUGGCAUCUUGGCAGACACUCCCUUUGGCACACCAAAUGCGAAGUUCUUGGGUGGGCUUGGCUUCGAUGGGGGCAUUGGCGGUGCUCCAUCUGGUGGACUAAUGGGCGAAAUGCGAAAUGAGCGCUUCCCUCAGGGAGGCCCGGGAGGCCCAAGAGGUAUGGGCCCGAAUAACCCAGGGUUUGGGCGGGUGCGCGAGGAGUUUGAUGGGCCUGCCAAGAAGCCUCGGUUUUAAAGCUAUUAUCAGUUCUUUUUGAUAAAAUGCGCUUUGUCUAGAUUGAGUCAUGAGUCAUAAUUUGCUGUAUAUGAGGACUAUAUUACAUUUUAAGCUUGAAGUCUUGUCUGUUUUGUGGCAAAGUUCCUUUUUUUGCAUUUUAUGUUGUGCUUGGAUAGAUGGAAAUCUUUAAGAAAUUAGUGGUCAUUUGACCUGCCCUUCCCCUUGUCAUGUCCCUCCACUAUAUCAUGCUCUGUGAUGUGACGUGACGUGAUGGUAUAUUUCCACUUACCUUUCUAUGGUUGUCUUUUGUUUUGUGCCAUUUAACUUUUGAAGUAAACCCUGUAACUUCACAAUAAAGAGUACAGACGGUUAUUUCCAAACAUUCUAUGUUGGUUUUGGUAGUUGUGCUAAUGGCUAACUAGUUAUGAGGCACAGAUGGGAAGGGAGGGGGGGGGGGGGGGGGCGUGCAUUCAUAAAACUGAUCCGUGCAGUGGAUUUCAGCAGCAAAAAUCCUAUUCUAUACUGUGCUUUGGCAUGGUAGUUGGAUGGGUUUGACGAAGAGCACAACAAGAUUGGAGAGGAAUUGAUAAAUUGCACAAAACUUGUUCUAACAAAGUAUUUCAAUAGUAGGCCUAGUUAUCCCAAAAUUGUGUAAAAUGAAUUGUACAAAAUUGUGUAAAAUUAUUUGUAAAUCAAAACAGAAUAACGUUGUAGAUGACAGACCUAACCGCUUGCCUAAACGACUAUAGGCUAAAUUUGAAUUGAUGAAAGCCUGUUUUUAAACAUCACAACACUUGAUUAUAUUAUUACUCUUGGCACGACUUGGCAUUUCUUUAUGGUGACAUUUCAAUAUUGUAUGCACUUAAAAGAAACUAGCCUGAGAAAGUAACAACCCUUUUGUUUUACUUCCUUCUGCUAAGUAGUCUUACUGAAAGUCAGUACUAGCUUGGAAGACCCUUUAAUCUAUAGACAGUAAAAGGGGCUACUGUAGCUACUGUAGCUCACAGAUUCUCGCAAUAAGAAUUGGGCUAAAUGAGCUGUUUUGUCACCUUGUACAUAUAAAACAAAAUCUAAAAAGGCUCCUUUUAUAGUCCUGUAGUUUAAAGAGCAUUAGUCUGUGGGCAAUUGUGAGGUUUAAAAAAACUAAAUAAAUGUAUCAGUUGAAAUAAUGCCAGACAUGGAAAUGCUUCAAACAAUGAACACUAGUCAGUGUGAGUUCCCAAACUGGACUACGUAAUGAUAAAUGUGUUUCUGAGAGUAAUAAAGUAUCAAUGAGAAUUUUGCCUGUCUUGUGUUGUAUUUUGAAUGUAUGGGUAUAACUUGGACAACUAGAAAGCAACAGGCAUGUCUACCAUGAAAUUGAAAUUAUGGCAGUAAUUGGUAUGGAAUGGCUAAGUUGGGGAAGGUGUAACUCUGCUCGUUUUUUGCGUUGAUGGAGCUUGACCACCUCAUACAGACUUGAGGAUCCUGUCAUUGUAGCCAUACUCGCUGGUGGAUGCCAUCCAUCCACUGAUAUUAUUUUUUUUUUUUUCUAAUUUAGUGUAAUUUAGCAUUUAAUAGUUCAAAGGCGCACAUUUUAUUACAGGCCUGCCUAGAUGGAUAUUGGAUGUUUACAUGGAACUGCUCAUGUAAACCAAGUGACAAAUGUCACAGCAACUGCUUUUACAGGACUAUACAAAAGAAGUGGAAGGUGAUUGCUAUGGCUGUUGCACCAAAUUUGAAUACUAAGAUGGAAUUAUACAGAGCAACUGUCUGGUUCAGAAAUCCGAGGGAAAAGAUGUUGAACUCCUAGGAAACUAGGAGUUUUCAACCGUAGGGUUUUUUUUAUUUUUUUUUUAUUUUUUUAUUUUUUUAAAUAGCAGGGUUAACAUUUAAAAAAAUCAGUGCGAAAUAGAAUUAGACCUGUAUUCAGCUUUACAAUGCAUUCUUGUGGGGCAGGAAUGCACAUCAACGUGAACCGUUUGUUUUGCCACUGACGGGCUCAUAAAUGAUAUUCUAAGUCUUACCACAUUGAAAGGAUCUCCAUAGAGAUACACCUGUGUUUACCUCAGUAGCUGGAAAUGAACUGCAACAUCCUGUAACAUCAGUAUGUUUUGAGCACAACUUCACAACAACUAAGUAUUCUUAGCAAAAAGCGCUCUGCAUGGUAGGCAAAACUUGGCCUACAUCUUUGUAAGUUACGUGUUCAGAUGAGCAUUACAAAUUAUUUGGUAGGAAUGUGAGCCGAUCAGUGUUUAUUGUUGAGCAGAUAUUUUAUAUUUCCAGUGGAUAAAAAGGUUUGGCGCAUGGAGGCAAUGAUUAACUUAUGGAUGAUGAGGUGUUUGGGGUUUGUGUAAUCUGCCUGACCUUGGGUAAAAAUAAACAUAAAUGCACAAUUUUACACUUAAAUUGCAAAAGGAAAUUAUAUUAGAAUGCAAUAAAUGCAAAUGCCAUUGUUUAACAGCUUCUUUUUUACUUUAAACUCAUUCUCUCCUGCGAACUACAGAUUUCCCAAGCCAUCUAUGACUGUCAACUUGUAAGGCAUGCAACACAUACAGUGUGAAGAUACUUUUAUUUUGAAAAUAAAUUUUAUAGGCAAACACUGAAGCAGGCUUUUCCUUUGGCAAGAGUUUACAACUACCGAGGUCAGCUUUGUAGGCUGGUUAGUGCGUGCAGCUUGUUGGGUUACAAAUUAAACUGCCCAACAACCUUGCGUAAGUUUGUGAAUUCACCUAAGCUCCGUGUCAGCUGUAGCUUACAUUAGAAACCGCACUAUAUAGCCUGUUUUUACCAUUGCAGAUACAUGGAUUGAUAUCAAAACCAAGCGACUCUCUAACUUGGCCUACGUUUUAACACAUUUUACAAAUUAUUUGCAAUAAUUAACAUGUUAAUUUUGACAGCACACAGGUCUAGGUAUAGCUAGGCUUUUGUUAAAUUAAGUCUUCAAUGUAGUUCAUCCAUCUCCUAUUCUUCCGAUACUCAACAGUCUUAACUGCACAGCACUAACUUGCAGGUUUGUUGUGGGAAGUGAGUCUCUCUCGCGCUCUCGCUCUCUCUCUCUCGCGCUCUCGCUCUCUCUCUCUCGCUCUCAUUUUUUGCUAUGGCGGCAAGAUUUUUGCUAUGGCGCAAAAGCUGCAACCAGCAGACACUGCUAUUUCUUGUGAAAGUGACUGCCCUCGUCAUGGUAUUGUGCCUUAUUCAUUGUACAAACUGCCCCUACCUGUGUAUAACAAGGCAGCAAAAAGAAAUGUUUCUCAGUGUGGCUGUUUAAUCACAAACUUCAGCCCUGCUUUAAGGAAGUUAGUAUUGCUAGUUAAGAGAAGUGCUUAGAUCAGCUAUUGUUGUCGGUCAAGGUAGAUGCUACGGAAAAUGUAAUUUAAAGGAACAUGCCAUCUUUUUGGGACAUGGGCUUAUUUGCGGUCUACCCCAGAGUUGGAUAAGAUGAUUCAUACACUUCUGUUUGUGUGUGCAAUAAGUCAGACCCCUUAGUCUAGCCUAGCGUGGUUCACUGGAAGUGCGUCGCAUCAGUUGGCCUGUAUGUAGCCUAUAACAAAAUAGGAGCUAUAGGCUAACUGAUGUAACCCUCUUCCAGUGAGUGAGUCUUAACAUGUAUUUGGUCAGACAUGUAUGGUGUUGUGGAUUUUAGUUAGUUUACAUUAAUAAGAAUAACAAAUAUGGGUUUGUAAUUUCUGUGCACACCAUGUAAAGCAUAGCAUAGCUUUCCUCUAUACAUCCACACUAUGUAAAGCAUAGUAUAGCUUUCCUCUAUCACUAUGAAAAUAUAGAAGUUACUAAAACUGAAAUACAGAGUUGCUCAUAAUAAAAACCACUUAAUGAUUUACAGACAUUCCCCCUGCUAAUGAUUUGUACAUGAGAUCUAUGCACCGAUGCUUACUCAAACCAACAAUUUUAUCUACAAAGCAUAAGUAAGGGAAUUUGCCACAAUGGUUAUGGUAUUUAGCAGACGCUUUUGUCCAAAGUGACAUACACAUAAUACAGUUAAAUUUACAUGCUGGUCUAGUUGCGGUCAGUGAAGAUGAGCUCAGUUUUUUUUAGAGAUUAGGCCGAAGGUGGCGAUCCCUCAUCCAGACUGAAAUAUCCUUAAAGCAUGCAGAAAUCCGAUGCCCUCGGAGUCCUCAGGUGGGAAUAUAGGUAAAGUUGAGUGUCGUCCGAAUAGUCAAAUCCAUGGGAGCGAAUGGUCUCACCUAAAGAAGUGGUGUAAAUAGAGAAAAACAAGGGCCCUAAUACUGAUCCCUGAGGCACACCGGUGGUGAGGUCAUGAGACUUUGAUACCUGUCCCUACCAAGACGAGCUAAAAGAACACCCUUUAAGGUAAGAUUCAAACCAGUCAAGAGAAGAGCUUUCCCAGAAAUUCCCAGUUCAGAUAGUGUAGAAAGGAGAAUAUCAUGGUUAACAGCAUCAAAGGCGGCAGAUAAAUCUAGUAGAAUUAAUACUGAUGACUGGGCAGAGGACUUAGCUACUCUCAAUGCUGGUCACAAACAAUAAUGGGCAUGCACUGCUGGAACACUACAGGACCAAGAGUUCCACUGUGUUCGUUCAGCAGUUUGUCACUAAGAUUUAUUGAAUUAUUGGCAGUAGACCCAGCCCAUAUGUGUGUUCAGUUUCUUCAAUGGAUGUGUCAAAAUGGGAAAAUGGUCAAAGCCCUUUUAAGUUUGCUGCCAGACACAAUAGUGUCAGUGGCAUUUGAAUUAAUUUAAAUUAUUUGUUUGUUUUGUAAAUUAUCAUUAAAUAGAUUAACAUUAUGUAUCUUGUAGAUGUAAAAGCAUCAUCCAUAGGCCAAUCAGUGUAAAAGUCAGGAAAAGCUUGUCUUGACCGUUUCUCCAUAAAUGCCUUGUAGUUUUGAAGCUUUUUGGGAGAUAUGUGAACUGAAAUCUUCAGCUCAAGGAGAAGUUGCUGUAAGCAUUCCAUGCUAUGGGACUUGCUUGCCUGGUGUAGAAGAUGAGUAGAGCUGUGAAUGUAGAUUACUCAGAUGUCCACCUGGAUAUGUGCUGGCCAACAGUCGUUGUGGCAAAAAGGACCCUCAGGUAACCCUGAUUUCACAUAUCUGUGUUGUGUUUGGCUUUCUGUGCGUUUUUGUUUCUCUUAACAGGUGAAUCACGGAAGUUUGUAUUUCUGCAACAUUUGUUUCAAAUGAACCAAAUGGUCGUACCCGACCCCACUCCUCGUCUGUGUAGUCGGCGGAUUCUUCCUUUGCUCCUUUUGCAACCAUAGAGGUGGAUCAAACCUAAAAACUAGUUAGUCAAACUAGUUGACUAGUUAUGAUUUUUGUUUGUUCCAAUUUCAACACUACUAUUGAGCCCUUCAGUUUGAGCUACUCUUAGCAUUGUGCAUUACUACACAGAGCCUACCCUGCAAAUGGACAUUAGGAUAUGAAGGCAUCUGUUUACUGUAGGUGCUGAACUUUAAGUGAUGUCAAUGUCUUGCUUAUCUGUGUGACUACAAUAAUUGCGAGACUUGCUCAUCUAGGCAUUUUCUUGAGACUUACUCUAGGCUUUAAGAACUCUAAGUGAAAACACAUAAAAUAUUUGUUACAAUCAUGUAUACAGAGUUUUAAGAAUCCUGUUCAUGUUAGCAAGUAUAGUAUUUCAUUAUUAUUGAUAUAUGCUUUUCCCUAAUUGGGCUAUAUGGAAAAUGCAUGUGUUGAGACUUCCAUCAUUUAUCUUAAUUGAAAUCCCAGCAUGUAACGUACAGGAGGUGCAGUUACCAGGAUCCCUCGUUGUUGUCUAUAAUUAAAUCCAUGUUUUGUUCACAGGUAUGGGAAUUAAUGUUCACGUUUUCCUAAAGUCUCCAAAGGCCUCUGUAAAACCAUGGAUAGAUAAGACAUUUCUGUAAUCGUCUGUCUGAAAAGGCAAGCAAGUUCAAGUAAUUCACUUGACUUGCUUUUGGUUAAAUACUUCACUACUUAUGGAAAUCUUGCCCCCUGCAGAAGUAUUCUCAAAGAUAUGACUCGAGUGCACUAUAGAAAAUUGUUGAAAGUUGGAUUCUUCAGCAGCUUAAAAUGACAACUUUUAGAAUUUGCCAAAUCUUUGCUUCUGCAACUUCCCAAACAGCAAUUACCUUAAACUCCUAUCUAUGUCAACCAGAGCUGCAAAUCAGAUUUUAAAAGCCAACCUUGGGUUAGAGUGGCAAAAUUAUCAGUAGCCUCAUCAACAUACCAGGCAAAGUGUACUUAGUUACUCGAAGGGUACUUAUUUAAACCCUGAGUUGAUCGAGACAGAGGACAUCAGAACAUCUUUGUGGCACACCUUCUGUGAAGAUCAUUGUAAAGCAUUACAAGUACAGAGUUCUGAAGUCGGCUGCAACAUUACCAACACAGUUUUGUAGUGUGCAUAGUACCAUGUCAGAAGACCGUUUGGCUGGACACGCUCAAGCCUUCGGUUGUAAUUCAUCUUUUAUUUUGCUUUUCCCAAGAAUCACAGGAAUGUUCUGAGUACCUCUUCUGUGAAUAAGGUGCUACAAACUUUUUGGUCCUUCCUUGGAUAAGGAAAUAGUACAGACCAAUCACAUUCUUCCUUUUUCCCCUACCACUAUGUUUGGAGUGCCUUUCACUGGGUAGUUCUCCUUCAGGACUCUGUCACAAGGGGUAGGGAUUGAAAACCUUUACUCAGGAAAUCGGACACACUCGAUGCAUCUUCUGGCCAAAUUUGCAGGACCGAACAAGACUAAUGAAUCUGUUGACCAGGAGCGGUUCUAAGAUGGGGGGGCCGACAGGGGCCAGUGGCCCUCUAACACUGACCCUGGCUCCUGCCGUGGCCCCUGUGCUACAAUCUCUUUUCAGUAGGCUAUGUUCUGAUGUUCACUCAGGUAGGUUAGUUGAUUUUCUCUAAAAGCCACUUGAAACGGGGCUUUCAAGUCUAACACAAGUUGUCUUUGCUUGCGCCGAUGUAGCUUAACUUAUUUUUGUACAUUAUAAUUUCAUUUAUGAAAUUAAUUUAAAUCUAAUUUAUUAAAUUAUAAGUGAUUAUUAAAUAAGUGUUCAUCUGAUGACUGGAUCAGUUAAUUCUGGCUACAUGCAGACUCGUUAAGUCAAAACACAUACACACCUAACCUGAAGAUAAACCUCUCAAAAUGAGUGUACAAGUUCCAAUUCUUGCAGGGCAAGGAGUGUUAUCAUAUUAUUGUACGGUAAGGAGUGAGAAUAACCGAAUGACUAAACUCAUGCAGCACAUUGCUUUCUGCCUAACUGGUAGGCUAUUGAUUCCUUAUUCAUACAAUCUAGGAAAUCAGUGAUCGACUGAAAUAACUGCAAGGAAGGGGAUUAUUAUAACAUUAGUUGACUUCAAAGUAGUCUAAUGCCAUAUCAACUAUCAAACUCAGUGCAGUGAUGGAAGGAUUACUAUUCAACAGCGCAAAACUAUAGAGAAAGAAACCAGCAGUUUAUAUCAUGUGAGUGAUGGAUGGAGAAGAGCCACCAAGAGAUGUCAGGAAAAGGCCUGGUUUGAGGCCUUCUCAAGUGAGAGUGAAGCCAUACAGGUCCUGAUAAAUGCUAUUCAGGUGAUGUUAUUUGUAGUCUACACCUGAGAUCUCUCUCUUUCUCUGUCUAUCCCUGCAGACACACGUCACUGUCAGACACCCACAGGCACAUCUAAAACUAUGUACUAUGCAUGUUGUCAUGUAAAUAGAAGACAUGGCAUCUAAUGGCCCAUUUUUGCUUAUAAAAAUUGUCUAAUGACCCACUAGACCCCCCCCCCUUUUCCCCCAGGGGAGAAAUGUUCAUCUGAGCUGAAACUUGAUAGCCCUGCAUUUAUUGUGAAUACAUUUAGAAAAUGAGAUGUAGCCUAAGCAACUUCACCCAAUAGUACUCUGCUGCAAAUACUGUAAGGGUAACUCCCUUGUUAAACUGUUCCGACACCACUAGGCCAUCUUGUUUUUUCUUUUUGUAUUUUUUUUCAUGAUCCUAACGUUUCUUUGUAGAAAAAAAAGUAUAGUUUUUUUUUUUUAUGCUCCAAUGAAACGGAACUAGAAGUUUUGAACGCUUAAAGACCGUCUUCAAAGACUUUUUCGUCCUGGGUGAGCAAAACCCUACUACUACCCCCUACCCCCACUGGCCCUGCUGUAAAAUUGGUCAAGAACCGCCACUGCUGUUGACAAUAGCUAGAAAGCAUGUUUGUUGUUUUUAAAUACCAAGCGAGUGAACAGAAGAAGGCAGUUUACCAUAUAUGCUAAAGACAGACUCAAAGUUAAAAUGUCUCUAUAGAACAGGUAACACAGGCUAUUUCAGUGUAGUAGAAUAGAAAUUCCUCCCUACAGAUGACCAUGGACGUGCAGGAAAUUUGCACUGGAAUCUUUUUCUUUAUUUUCAUAGACAUUGAAAUGCAGUGAUUGUAUAUUGAUAUCUUAAAUAUCAUAAUCCCACAACAAAAAAUCAGAUUUUAUAAUUUGAUAAUUAAGUUAUACUAAAAAUGUGUGGGUUCCUUUCCCUGCAUAGCUAACAAUCUUUCUGUUACACUAACUUAGUUCUCUAUGUUUUCUGGUAAAUUUAUUUUACCCCUCAGUUUCAAGUCUUCAGCUGUAAAUGCUACAUUCGGAGGGGUAGAUCACCACUACCUCUUGAUCUCCAAAAAAAAUCGGAUUUCCCUACCCCUACAUGGGAACAUGCAAAUGGAAAUUGGGACCUUUGACUCCUUGUUCCCAUUUGGAAAUGAAGCACAUCUAAAACAUUCCUCCCACAUGUAUGAUCUCCUGGCUGUACAUUAAACAAUGUAUAUUCCAAGAUGGACAGCCCCAGAGAAGAACGUUGGUCACACUGAUACUGGAACUGACAAGGAAGUAGUUUGGUAAUCCUGAUACAGUAAUCUUACUUUCACCAUUGAGAGAUGAGAUUGAGAUUGAAAAUAACUAUUAGACUAAUCAGCACCAGGGUGAUCUUGCCCAGUAGGAAACCCAGUGGGAAAAUUUAGCUAAAUAGUUAGCUCCUUGACUUCACCAAGGCAGGCAACUAAGCAACCGACCCAUUAUAGCAAAAAACGUGACCUCAAAAGUUCGACUAUGUUUAAUUUGUGUCACGUUUUUAGAAGCCUCACUUUUUUUUUUUUUUUUUUUUCAGCUUGCGGCCCAUUUUUAUAAACGCAAGGCACGUAACGGUCAGUCACAACCUUACACUAGGAAACAAUUGAAUUUGAGUGCCUGGAGGUGAAAAAAGUGUGUCCGUCUGAUUGGCCCCUUAAGUAGUCGCCCAAAUCUGUGAAAGCCCCAUAGUUUAUAGAAUAUUGUGAUUACAAUUGAGUUUUAAUGAGGCUUUUCUUUGAUUGUCAGCCAGUUAGUUAAAAGCACUAACUAAACCCAAGCUUGUGGCACUGGUGCUUUGUCAAGGACUUCACACAGGGUUUGUCUUUUAGUACACAGGCCUGAUAAUACACAUUACACAGCCCUGAUUGCAAGGCGUCUUCACAAAAGGCUAUAGAUUUAGCUAAAGACAGUCUUAGAUAAUUCAUGGCACAUAUGCUAUAUGGGAUAUCCAGCCCUAUUAGGUUUAUUCUAGUCUAGCUUUCUGUAUCAACUUGUUCUCUGAAAAUGCAAGACUUUUCCAUAAUUCCACAGAUGCCACAUACGUAAGCCCACCCGUCUGUCAAGCUCUCCUCACCUUGGCUUUCUUCGUUUGGUCUUCAGGGCCUCCGCUCCUCUCAGAGGUCUUGUCUCCUCAGGCAGAAGUGUGUGUGUGUGUAUUGUGUGUUGUAUGUGUGCCGGCACGUUAGCUGUGCGGUAGGAGGGUGCAGCUGGCCGAUUGCAUAUGGAUGAGGAUGAGUAGUGCUGGAGAAGUCAGUGGACUGUAGAUGCCAAGACUUGUGUGCAUCACCAGGUGUUCUUACAGAUCAGCAUAAGAGGGACCUUUGGCCAUUGAAGGAGGAUGAGCCAGACUGCGCUGAAGUUACAGUGUUAACAGGUCCUCUGAAGAAGCAAUAUGGCUGUCCGUGUAAAGUCAUUUGCCACAUGGUUGUGAUGCUGAAUUGAACCUGAGCUUGGUUCAGUCAGAGAUGGGCAUCUCUGAUGUAGACUGGACAGACGAGGAGCAGUGCCUUGAGACAUUGGAUUUUUCCCCGAAUUCAAUAAACAAAGAAAAAGUGAA